UUCUUAUUUAAACCAGGGAUGUCGAAACUCUGCCGCAGAACGGAUGUCGGGCGGAUGUGGACAUCCGCAAAAAAUUAUUACUUGUACCUUUGGUAAAAGCUCACCAUAGAAAACGACAUGAGCAAGAAAAGCAAUGUGUGGCAGUUCUUUUACAAGGCUUCGGACACUGUUGCCACAUGCGGCCUGUGCCAAAGAAACUAUUCGCGAAAAGGACGAGGUACAACCUGUCUAAGGAAUCACCUCAAAAGCAGACAUCCUGCGGAGUUCAUGACUUUGUCCGAAAACAUCAAGUAUGUGGUCAAACGAGAGAUCGGUAGCAGUCCGUCGCAGCAUCCCACGGCGAAUUUAGAGCUGAAGUUGAACGAGCCAGACCCAGAUCCAUUAGAAACAGGCCAUGGAAACUUUGGGGAUACUGAGGACUUGCUCAUAAAUGCUCGCUGUGAUGAAAAGCUGGCACUUUGUAUGUUUUUAAAUCAAUCAUUUGAUUUAAUAAAUGGAAACGGAUUCAUCAGUUUUGUGAGGACUUUGCAGCCACGAUACGUGAUCCACCCAAAGAUAUACUAUGAGAAAAUACUGUGCCAGGAUAUACACCGAAGGAUUCAUUCUCAAAUAAAGCAACAGGUGGACCUGUUAGACGCAAUAUCCUUAUCCACUAGUCUCUGGUGGGGUGGCCAGGGUGAAGGACUCCUCAGUUUGUCUUGUUCCGGCAUCACCAGGGAUUUUCGGUUCAAUAGUUUCAUGCUCAGGUGUGAGGCUAUUAACUUUGAAAAUGCCAUCAAAGUGUCCCGUAGUAUUCGGGAUCUUAUACCCACUCUGACGAUUGAGUUACCUAAAGAUAAAAUAUUUUGCGUGGUGAGAGAUGAGUUUUCCGCUCCUCCAGGAUCACUUCCCGAUUGCAGCGCCCACCGCCUCCAAAUGUGCGUGAGAUUCGCCCUGCAAUCCAACGAAGUCCUCAUGAAUCUGUCAUCAAAGUGCAAACAAAUUGUUGACCACUUUGCAGCCUCCAAGAUGGCCCACGACCACCUGAAAUUUAUCCAGGAAAUGCGCCUGAAACGAGAUCCCUGUUCUAUCUUAAACACUGCCUCCUCUAAGUGGAACUCAUCCUUUCGAAUGAUGGGUCGAUUGCUUAGGAUGAAGGAUGCCAUUACCCUGUAUGCGGACGAGAACAGCCUUAUACAAGUAUACCCGGAUGAGUGGAUAGACAUCGAUUUGUGUCUUAAAGUAAUGCAGCCUUGCGAAGAAAUUAUGAAGAUAUGGAGCACUCCUUCAACAUCAGCAUCGUCAGUGAUUCCGCUGGUGGCCGCUUUGAGGGACUCUCUUAGGACGGAUGUUCACAACUAUGUUUCCUCUGUGACCAUUUGCAGUUUUGCCAGAAAGCUUCUCGAAGAAUUGGAAAUGAAGUUCUCGCACAUUACAAGUGAUAUUAAGUUUUUGAUGGCCACUUAUUUGGAUCCACGGUACAAGCAAGCUUUCUUCACUGAACGAGAGGAACAAAUGGUGGCCAAUGAGGUGUUGCUGCAACUGAGCAGAGUCCAGGACGAUCGAGAUGGACAGCCGCUCAUGAAGAUAAGCAAAGUUUCGUCAUCUGCGUCCCUUAAAAAUGAGUCCAAGAUUGACAGUAUACUGGACACCAUGCUGACAAAUGGCACUACCAAUACCCAGCAGGCAACAACCUCCUUUGGAUCUCAAUCGCAAAUUAAAAAUCUCCUAUACUUAUAUAACUCGGAGCCGCGAAUCGGAAGGGAAAUGGAUCCAUUAUUGUGGUGGAAAACCAACGCCAAAUAUAGUGCCAUGUUUCCUAUUGUUCGUCGGUUUUUAUCGGUGCCGGCUGCCAGUAUUGCCAGCGAAGGAUUGUUCAAGGAAUCCUCAAACGUUUACAAUGAUAUGCAAACAGUGUUGAGCCGUGAAAACGCUUCCAAAAUAUUACUAAUCAAGUCUAACUUUAAUAUGUUCAUUAGUAGAGAUUAG